GGUAACUGGAGAUGCUUCUUCUUUCAAUGUCAAAUUUGGACCACCUAAAGAUGAGAAUAGUGCAUCCACUGCCCGAUGCUGGUCUCAUUGUGCAAUUUUUGCAACAUCUAGCUCACCAAAGUUUACUAUACUAGGAACAGAAGCUUGCACCCCUGCUCCACCGAAGUUUUCUCGAAAGGGUGAACUGCAAUAA